AUGCUCGGCAAGAUCGCACUCGAGGAGGCCUACGAGAUGACCGGCAUGGAAGCCAAGUCGCAGUACGAGGCAUCCCUCUACAUCGAUCCCGCCGACCGCGCCCGCUACAUGCGCCAAAUCAGCGACAUCAACAACGAGCGCGUCAAGCUCGCCGACGCCCACGGCAUCGGCUACACCAUCGUCUCCCUCACCAUCCCGGGGAUCCAGGGCAUCGCCGACCCCGUCGCCGCGGAGCGCCGCGCCACCGAGGCCAACGACUGGGCCCACGCCCAAAUCAAGCACAACCGCGCCAAGCUCGGCGCCUUUGCCUGCCUCUCCAUGCACGACCCCGCCCAGGCCGGCCGCGAGCUGACCCGCUGCGUGACGGACCUCGGCUUCCACGGCGCUCUCCUCUGCGACUUCCAGCAUGCCGGCCCCGGCGGCGAGACAUACAAGUUCUACGACCAGCCCGAGUACGACGUCUUCUGGGAGGUCGUCUGCGCGCUCGACGUGCCCGUCUACAUCCACCCGGCCGCCCCCACCGACAUCGUCCUCGACAAGCUCUACGCCCAGCGAAAGUACCUCAUCGGCCCGCCCCUCUCCUUCGCCAACGGCGUCAACCUCCACCUCCUGGGCCUCAUCUCCAACGGCGUCUUUGACCGCUUCCCGAAGCUGCAAAUCAUUGUCGGCCACCUGGGCGAGCACCUCCCCAUCGACCUCUGGCGGAUCAACCACUGGUUCGAGGACGUCAAGAAGCCCAUUGCCAAGGACGAGGGCAACGAGCACCGCAUGUGUAAGAAGACCGUGUACGACUACUUUAGGGACAACAUUUACGUCACCACCUCGGGCAACUUCUCCACCCGGGCGCUCAAGUACGUCGUGGACGAGAUUGGCGCCGACCGCGUGCUCUUCUCCGUCGAUUACCCGUACGAGACUAUUGAGAUGUGCUCUGCUUGGUGGGAUGGCCAGGCCGAGGAGGUCAAGGAGGCGGUGGGCGGCCUCGAGAACUACCGCAAGAUUGGCCGUGACAAUGCCAAGAAGCUGCUCAAGCUGGGUAACUUCCAUGACUCUGAGGCUCCUGUGUCUUGA